GCCCGCAGCAGAUCUAAACCAUACAAAAAUAUCUCCUUGAUUAACCAACCAUGGUUCUCUCCCAAAUGAUUAAGUCCCUUCUCUUCGCUGCAUCCCUCACAAUCCUUCUCGCCGACCCAUCCUCAGCUCAGACGUACAAUCACUUGCUCUCCGGUGAGCGUCUCAACGGAGGUGAAUCGCUCAGAAGUAUGAACUUACAACUCAUCAUCCAGUACGACUGCAACCUCGUUCUCUACGACUCUAAUUCAGCGAUUUGGGCUUCGGGAACCGGCGGUAGCGGUUCGGGCUGCUACCUCGCCAUGCAGAACGACGGCAAUCUCGUCAUCUACGACUAUUCAAAUAGGGCCAUAUGGGCGAGCAACACCGGAAGAGACAAUGGAUACUAUAUCCUUGUACUACAAAAGGAUCGCAAUGUUGUCAUAUAUGGCAAUCCCAUAUGGGCUACGGGGACUAAUUACGGUGGCUCUGUGGCCGUCGUCGUCACGGCUGCACGUAAUGGGACCGUGGGGGUUUCGGCGGCGAAGCAGAAUAAGGUGAGGAAAAUGGGUAAAAUUAUGGAGGGAAUGAUUUAAGAGUGAUGAAUAGGCAAAGACUUGUGUGUAUGAGCAAUGGUAAAUAAGAUAAGCAUUUCUAUAAAUGCUUGCUUUGUGUAUGGUUUCCUAGUCUUGUAUGUGGGAUCGUAUGGAUGAAAUAAAAUGGCUUCUUGUUGAGACUGGA